AUGGCGGGGGAGCGACAAACCAUCCCUGCUCGCCACGGCAUCGCGACGUUUGUGCCAAAGGGCCAUUCCAUCAAGAUCAUCAACACCUACGGUACGCAGGUUGUAGACACAUGGGCAUUCGCACUUCAUGAGACGCCGCAUGGCGAUCCUGAGGCAGACGAAAAGGCUGCGCAAGCGGAGUUUGAUAAAGCACAGCAGUCAAUACUAGAUCAAAAGGAUGAGAAACAAGGGAAUGAAGAGCAGGUGCAAAAAGCCAAAGGCACAGAAAAAGGGACCGACGAUUCGCGUGCUGGAGCCGAAAAGGCUGAGGAACAGAUUCCCAAGGAGAGCCACACCAUGACUACGGAAGAGAUCGACAAAGCAGAAAAAUCCGAUGACGACGCGGACAACAAGUCUAUCAAGUCGACAAAGUCGAGCAGAACAUGGGGUUCCUACAUCCCGUCCAUUCGCAACCGGACCAAGGAUGAACCCCCUCAGGAGGGUGAUUCCGGAGCGUCACCGCCACAAGAGAACGAGAAAGGAAAAAGGGGUUGGCUGUCUUACCUUCCGUCGGGCACGUCUUAUACCUCCUACCUACCUUCCCAAGGCACUAUUUCUGCUUUUGCUGCCUCACACCAUCGCGACCCGACAAAAUCGUAUGCCGAGCAGCUUUACGAGUUUUCCAGAACUCCAGUAGGGGCAGCCAGCAUAUCAGCUGCCACCGGCUCCGGAACGGCUGGUUCUCUUUACGCCGCCUACACUGCUUACACGAAGCUGCAAUCGUCCCAACACCCCUCCAACUCGAUGGAAUAUCUGUCCCUCCCGCACACAUUUGCUGCGACACAUCACUUGUCGCCCAUACCCGGCGACACAUUACUCACCAACCUCCGCGCCCCGCUCCUGACGCUCAUCGAAGACACGAGUCCGUUGCCCCAGGCCGAUCAAAAGGAGGAUGACGCUGGCAUUGCCGGCAGGCAUGGUACGCUCUUGCCCGCUUGUGACCCGCGAGUGUACAAGCAGUUAGGACUGGACCAAAACGAGGAACGAGGUUCUUGUGCAGAGAACCUUGUCAUGGCUCUCAGAGAGCUAAACCAAAAAGCGGGACUGCAAGGCCCUAAAGCCGUAGGCGCAGACGUGACAGUCAACUAUGCACCAACGCCUUUGAGCUUGUUUAUGAACCUGUGCAUUGAGGCAGCAGCUAAAGAAGGGAACUUGGACGAAAGGGGAAUUCCCAAUGAGAAAGAAGAGUCUCAAGACCCGAAAUCUGAACUCUCUAGUGGGCAAGUCAACGUUAAAGAACCGCGAACCUACGAGGGCGGCAAGUGGGGCAAGCUGGGCGAGAAGGGCGGCUACGUAAAGUUUAGAGCAGAGAAGGAUGUCGUGGUCGUCAUGAGCGCGUGUCCGAUGGACGUGGGGCCCGUGAACGGUGGGCGGUGCAGAGCCGCGAACUUUGUGGUUGAGGAGCCGGAGGAGGUUAGGCGGAAGAGGGAGGCAGAGGAGAAAGAGAAGGCUGACGAGAAAAAGAAACAGAUAGAGGAGAAGAAGAAACGGGCUGCAGAGAAGAAGAAGCAGGCUACCGAGAAGAAGCAGGCUGAAAAGAAAAAGGUUGGAAAACGGAGGGACAGUGGUCAGAGUGGUGUGGAGAAGGAGUCGAAGGCGACAGCGGAUAACGAAGGCGAUAAGAAAAAGGAUGAGAAGGCUGAAAGCGCGCCUGAGCCUAAGGCUGAGAAUACGCCUGAGCCUAAGGCUAAAAAUACGUCUGAGCCUAAGGCUGAGGAGCAAGGUGCAACAACAUCGGGGACUGAGACGCCGAAGCGGAACGCACCGAAGCCUGGAAAGAAGAAGCCGAGAAAGUUGGAGAAGCGGAGUUAGGUAUGGGACUGCGAGAGGGUUUUGCGCAGUGAGACUUCUAAUAGCUGUGCUCAGCUGUGUUGCUCGUGUCCAAUCUCUUCAAUUUUCU